AUGAGUCUUCAGAACCCACCCACACUCCAGAAGCUGGCAAGGCAGAGUCUGCUGAGCGAUGAGGCUUUGGCCAUGUCUACUGUGAAGGAGCUGCCCUGCGGUCUUUUCCCAGCACUAUUCAAGGAUGCCUUCACUGGCAGACACACCAACCUUGUAAAGGCAAUGGUGGCAGCCUGGCCUUUCCCCUGUCUUCCUGUUGGAGCAUUGAUGAAGACACCUGACCUGGAAACUUUCCAUGCUGUGCUAGAUGGAGUAGACAUGCGACUGACAAGAAAGUUUCACCCCAGGGGAAAAGUUCAGGUUCUGGACCUGAGGAAUGUGCACCAUGCCUUCUGGAACAUAUGGGCUGGUACAGAGGAUGGCAGCUGUUCUUCAGAGACCUUCAAUGAGAAGCCAGGAUUGAAGGUCCUUCCCAGAUAUGGGCUGAGGAGGCAGGUGAAGGUGGUAGCUGACCUAUGCCUCAGGCCCCGACUUGAUGAAACACAAGCAUGCUUCUUGAAAUGGGCCCAGCAGAGAAAGGACUCCCUACAUUUGUGCUGUACGAAGAUGCAGAUCUGGGCGAUGCCUGUGAACUUUAUCAAAGAGAUAUUGACUGUCUUCCAUCCAGAGCACAUUGAAGAAUUGGAACUUAACACUGAGUGGAAUGUGUUCAAGCUGGCUCAAUUUGCUCCCUGCUUUGGGCAGAUGAGAAAUCUUAGAAAACUGCUCCUGGCACCCCUUUAUAAGAACGUCUUCAAGAUUGCCAAUAGUACAGGAGACAGAGAAGACAAGUGUGUCAAGGAGUUCAUUUCUCUGUUCUCCAAAUUCAAUUGUCUCCAGCAUCUCUCCAUGAGUGGCAUCCACUUUCUCACAGACCAUAUGAAUCAGGUCUUCAGGUGCCUGUUGACACCCUUGGUGACCCUCUCUAUCAGUCACUACAAAAUUUCACAGUCAGACUUGGAUUCCUUUUGCUAUUGUGAGAGCCUAUUUCAGCUCAAACAUCUGGAGAUGAGAGGUGUGGUCUUACGGGAUUUGGACCUUAUGCCUCUGAGAGGUCUCCUGGAGAAAGUGGCAGACACUCUUGAGACUCUGGAUUUGCAGGGGUGUAGGAUGAAGGACUCCCAGCUCAGUGCCCUGCUACCUGUCCUCAGACAAUGCUCUCAGCUCACCAAGGUCAACUUCUACAACAAUGACUUCUCCAUGCUCGUCUUGAAGGACUUUUUACAACAUACAGCCAACUGGAGCAAGAUGAAUGUAGAACAAUACCCUGCCCCUCUGGAGUGCUAUGAUGAAUUGGCUCAUGUCUCCAGAGAAAUGUUUGCCCAUCUUUCUCAAGAGCUCAUGGAUACACUGAGGGCCAUAAGACAGCCUGAGAGCAUCUCUUUUGCUACAGGUAGCUGCCACAAAUGUGGUGAGCACUGUGUCUAUGGCCAAGGGGCCAGACUUUGUGGUUGCUGGCAGUAA